GAGUAUUGUACUUUGCCGUUUGAUAUAAGUUUUAUAUCCAAAGCUAGUCUGCACUGAAAAUGAGCGAAUUAAAUAUCAACGAUCUGCCUGGCGAAAUUCUAACACAAAUUUUCCGAUAUCUGGAUGCAGGAGAUUUGAAAGACGCGACAUUGACAUGCAAAUUGUGGAACAAUUUGAUCGAAUCCGGAUGUCGAUGGUCACUGAAGCUGGAGUAGGAUGAUUAUGGUCAAUUUUGGAGCAAAAAUCCUUGCCGUGUAGAGCAAAAGAUGAAUUUUAUUCUGACGACAAAUCGGAGAUUUGGAACAAUUAGAAUUAUCCGAGGUCAUUUGACGGAGGAUACACAAAUUCGUGAAAUAUUCCACAGGCACGGGUUCAAUGUCGUCCAGCUGCGUUGUUACGGUGGUCGCACAGACAGUCUCGUUGCAUUUCCCGAACUUUUAAAUCUCACUCCGAAUUUGACGAACGUUGUUAUAGAGACGAGAAGCUCGAUCGCCUCAAGUGAUGAUGAUGUACGACUGGAUCACGUUUUACCAGCCGUGAAAAAAUUGAAAAACUUGGAGAUAUUUUGCUGGGAUCAACGGAUCAUCAAAUGCUUUCGAAAAGCAAAACUCAACACUCUGAUAAUACGGGAAGAAAUACGUUCCGAACAUUACGGCUCAAUGAUAGAAUUCCUUUCAUCGCAGGAGAUGUUGACGUCGUUAACCGCUGUGUCAACAUGGAUACUGGAUGAAGUGGGAAGAUUGAACGUUCCGAUUCCGUUCCGGUUGACGGAAUUGAGGAUUACACACAAUUAUGAUGAAAUAUCGUCGGACUACUUAUCGAUAUUUGUUAGAUCACAAGCGCAAAAUUUAAGAGAAAUAGAAAUGGGAUGGCAUAUUCCGAGUUCGGUGUAUGAGUGCGUAUUUGCCAGCAUGACCAAAUUAAACAAAUUAAGUGUGAUGGUUGAUGACUUACCACAGGACAACGACUUUUACGAACGAUUGCAAGAGAAUGCCAGUAUUCGAACGAUAAAAUUACUGGAUAGUGAGCUGAAUGAAAGUCAAUUCGUUGACAAGUUUCUCAAAAAACUUCCUAACAUUCGCAAUGUAUUACUACCCAAUACCGGUUAUGUGGACCAAUCCGUUUUGAAAGUAGUUGCACACAAUUUAAGCAAACUCGAAUCGCUUACUAUUGGCUCAAUUUACGAACAUCUCAUCGGUGGUGUGAGAUUACCCAAUCUCAAAACGCUACACAUUCGGAACUUGUAUGACAAAAUCAAUUGGAAUGGAUUCAUUAAGCUCCAUUCCCAGUUAGUCGAAUUAACCAUAGAGAGUACGCACAACUUAUUUUCGAAAUUAUUCGAGCGAAGUGUUCAAGCUUGAAAGUGUUGGACUUGCAUAAGUCGUGCAUAUCAGACGAACUAAGGGAAAAUGUGGAAAUUAAUGUUCUCCGACUGUGCGAUAAAAUCGAAUGUUC